GAGUAGUUUAGCCUGGUCCGCUCCGAGGGCUUUUGGGAGAUGUAGUUUCUGAUCUGUAGGCGGGACGGAAGGAGCGGGGGAGGCCCCUUACGCAAACUACAAUUCCCGACGGGGACCGCGGUGUAGGGGGGUGGGAUCUGAACAUGGCGGCGGUGGUAGCUGCUACGGCGCUGAAGGGCCGGGGGGCGAGGAAUGCCCGCGUCCUCCGGGGGAUUCUCUCAGGAGCCACAGCUAACAAAGCUUCCCAGAACAGGACCCGGGCACUGCAAAGCCACAGCUCCCCAGAGUGCAAGGAAGAGCCUGAGCCCCUAUCUCCUGAGCUGGAAUACAUUCCCAGAAAGAGGGGCAAGAACCCCAUGAAAGCUGUGGGAGUAGCCUGGGCCAUCGGCUUCCCCUGUGGUAUCCUCCUCUUCAUCCUCACCAAGCGGGAAGUGGACAAGAACCGUUUGAAGCAGAUGAAGGCUCGGCAGAACAUGCGGGCAUCCAACACGGGCGAGUAUGAGAGCCAGAGGUUUAGGGCCUCCUCGCAGCAUGCCCAGUCUCCUGAAGCUGGGUCCAGGGUGCAGACCUGAGGAACACUGCAGCCCUCCCCUAGACUGCAUUGACUGUGGCCUCCAGACUGCGAAGUCCUUUGAGUUUGGCUGCAAUUCUGGUCCUUGCCUCUAAGGUCCACGAGAGGGCGCGUGAAGCCCAGGCUGCUACCAGCCCUCAUCCCUCCUGUCCUUCCCUCCCUGAGAAGCCAGCCAAAGGCAAAUAAAGUUAUUGAGUGUUUGAGUGGAAAGGAA